AUGAGAUACAUGCUGUUUUCUAACUUCGAUCAAGGAAUUGUGUUGGAUGAGGAGAGCUUUUAUUCGGUUUGCCCCGAGAUCUUAAGCUACCACAUUGCAAAACGUUGCACUAAUAAUGUAGUGGUAGAUCCCUUUUGUGGUGCUGGUGGCAAUGUCAUUCAAUUAGCGAAAACCUGUAAAAAAGUUAUAGCGAUUGACAUCGACCCGGAGAAGAUCAAGUUGGCACGGCAUAAUGCUAAGAUAUGCGGUGUUGAGGACAAAAUCCACUUUAUGGUCGGCGACUUUUUUUCGAUUUAUCAUACGAUAAAAGCUGAUGUAUUGUUUAUGUCUCCGCCGUGGGGAGGACCCGGAUAUGCAAUCAACAAAGUUUAUAGCUUAAAGUCUAUGUGUCAUAGUCAUUUUGGAGGAGGUUUUGAUAUUUUUAAACUCGCCAAAACUGUUGCACCAAAUAUUGCAUUCCACAUGCCAAAAAACACCGACAUAUCUGAAUGUUUGCGUUUGGCACAAGAUUUCGGGAAAGUUGAAAUUCAACAAAAUAUCAUUAAUGGUAAAUUAAACUCAAUCACAGCGUUUUACGGAAACUUUAAUUGGAGGGUUGAACGUUUGGUCACAUUGAUCCAAAAGCCAACACGUUUUGGUACAAAUAAACACAACGUUUGGGCACAUAAAAUAAAAGGUCUUUUCGUUUUUACCUGGCAUAAUAGACGUCCGAUUAGAAACAAAUCUGCAGUAGUUGAAAAUAAAACCUCUAAUGAUGACUUCUAUUCGGAUAAACUUAAAUUUUGUACUACAGCUAUUGGGGAUGACGAAAAAAUUAAUUAUACUACGGGAUUGGACGAUAACUUGAGAAAUAUUAAUUCGAUUCUUGAGGAUCUAGGUUUUCUGUCUACUUUUAAUGAUGCGUAUACUCGAACAGUUCAUCCAUUAAAAAUAAAAUGUUUUAAUGUCGAUAAACAGUUUAAUACUGGUCAUGGUUCAAAUUUUUAUACUGCGAAAAAACCAGAAAAUUUAACAGGUAAUCCAGAUAAUCAAAACGAAAGACAUCAAAAUUCAAUAUCAUAUCAAAAAUUCCCGGAAAAAUUCAUUAUCAAAAGUCAACAAUUACUAAAAACAACACAAACUCACAACCAUUAA